GGUCCCAUCCAAUCCCAACAUCACUCACACUCAUCCUUCUGUUCCAUCCUCACAAUGCGCUGGUCGCCCCUUGCUUCCAUUAUCACCUUACUCGCCGUCACAUCCAUCUUUGAGGGUGUCGCCGCCGCCCCGGUUGCUGUCGUCAUCGAGACCAGGGGUAACUCGGAAGAGGCUGCCAAAUUAAAGCUGCAGACAGGCCUUAAACUCGCAGCCAAGGUUACUCUCGGUCCCAAAGGCCGCAAUGUCGUCCUUGAGAAGAAAUUUGGUUCACCAACCAUAACAAAAGAUGGUGUGUCAAUAGCCAAGGAAAUUGAAAUUAAAAACCAUUUGAAAAAGACUUAAGCGGGCGGUUAGGGUACUUGACCAUAAGUUAUCUAUCUAAAUCCGACGGCUCUUCAAGUUGCCAGAAGCGACCUGGGGGGGGGCGAAGGUACAUAGAUACUUGAAUGUCAUGUAAGGAUAAUUACAAUUCAAGUUGUUCGUGGCUUC